GACAGUCAGGUUGCAACUUACAUCCACAUUUUUGAUGUUUUGACUUUUGCCUAGACAAUUUUUACGACAUUUACGCUCCAGUCGUGAGAAAAACUUACCUUAGUUAAGUUUCAGAAAGCUUCUUCAUUAAUUAACCAGUAAGUGCGUCACACUCUCCAGGCCUUUUGCUUUACUGGCAUGUGAUUUUGUUUUGGACGCAAAUUGACGAACUUUACACACAACAGUAUUGCAUCAGCCAUCGUCUUAUCGACCUUUUUCCUUCUUGUGAAAACGUUUUCUACGCCAACUGCUUUUGUAUGCCACUGCUUAUUUGUCGGGUUUUCUACGGAUAUCAACCGUUUCGGUGUGGUCCAUUUUCAGACAUUUGCACUUAAUUUGUUUCGGCAUAUUGACCUUGGAAUUUGGAGUUCUUCGCAUUCGUUUGUUUUUAUGGCGAGUUUUGCAGAAGGUGUCGAGGAAUUUACUGGACUGCUUCCACCAAUACAACGUCUGGGAACAGAUGAAGAGUUCGAUUGCCCACGAAAGCAUGGAGAUGAGCUCGUCACAUGUGCACUUGCCCCGGACGGCAAAUGGUUUGCGUGGUCACUCGGCACCCGAAUGGUCUUCGUUGUACAAACGCAGUCGGACAAGGCAGGCUGUUCAUUUGAUGAACUAAAGAAACGGAAAAUUGGCGAGAAAGCGGAGUGGAACAAAAAGUGCCUUGAUUGCACCGUUGGUGUGACUGCGCUUGAAUUUGGGUGUCGAUCAUCUGAUAUCAAAUGGCAUUCGGAUCAGGUCCAUUACAAAAUAGUGCAUAAUUUUCCCAAAGGGAAAAUUGUGCUUGCCGCUGGCCUGAGCAAUGGAGAAAUCAAGUUGUGGGACUUGGAAUGCGGGCGUAUUAUUCUUCUCCUUCAAGAUCACAAAGCGGCGAUCACAGGGUUGAGUUUUUCGCCAGACGGAAGCUUAGUGCUUGCGUCUGCCUCCAAAGACAGCAGCGUCAAAUUGUGGGAUUUGACAGACGACGGAAACAUGUUUAAGACGCUGCACUGCGAACAUUCAAAACAAGUGAACGCCAUUGCCUGGUCUCCUGUUGGUCAGCGCAUUGCAAGUGUGGGAGUUCUUAAAAUGGCACUGUUAUGGAAUGCACGAACUGGCACUUUGGAACGUCGUUUGGAAAAUGGCCACCUAAACGACGUCACAGGCUGUUGCUUUUCACCGGAUGGUGCGUUGUUAUUUACGUCGAGUUGGGAUACAACAGUCAUUUGUUGGGAUGUUCAGACGGGCGCCAAGCGUACGGUCUACGGGCACAUGUUUCCUCCACCACGACCAAUUUUCGCCGGUGGAGUAAAUGGGCAUGAAGUACGGGGGGUGACUGUUUGUCCAGAUGGAAUGCAUAUUGCCUCUGUCUGCCGCGACGGUUAUAUUCGGGUGUGGAAUAUUUUCCACGGCACUAAUCCUAUUCAAAAGGCUGCUCUGCGUGAUGCGCGAGCGGUCCACUUUUCGCACAAUGGAUUUUUGUUAGCUGUUGGGUGUCAAAGCGGCGAGAUGAACUUCUUCGCAGCACCCAUGCAGACCGCGACAUUACAACACCGAUGUCGGCUGACGGUUAGGCAGUGCAUAAUCAGUGGUGAUGGCUGCGCGGCACUGCGUGCACUUGUACCCCGGAAGGCAGCACAAUAUCUCAAUUAUGCGGAUAUCGUCACGUGAAGUCGUGUUUACGGAAGAGUUUGGAUUUGGCAAUCAGUGGUGAUCAUCGUUUGUAUGUGUGUGCGUGUGUAGCGCAGAUGUUUAGAUGCUCGUGGCGCUUGUUUAUAAAAAUCAUUUGCACUGGCUUUUUGUACCUUUUGAUUACGCGUGCUUUCACAUUUUUGGCGUUGAAAAUCUCGCUUGUAUUUAUUGUGCUUCUUUUGAUCUAGUUGCUCUUUAGAUUGGAGGUUGCUCAAUCGGUUAGAGUAGAUUUCAGAUCUUUGAAUCGCUUAUUUAUUGUACAGAGCUGGUCUUCAGAGCAUAACUGUUUUGUGCGCACAUUAGUGUGAUUGCUCGAAUGUUUGGCGAGAGUUAAUGUUUGUAUACUUUGUACUUAUUUAUUUCACUCGUUAGAAUAUUUAAAAAUAAAGUUACCGCUGACAUA